AUGGCGGCGGCUAAGCUGGGAAGACUUGCAGUGAAAAACACAGCGUUUUUACUUUGUGAUAUUCAAGAAAAAUUUCGUCCUUCGAUUAUAUAUUUUCCGGAGAUCAUCAAAGUUGCUCAAAGAAUGGUAAGAAGCUUUUGAUUAUUUUAUUUGAUCAAGGGCCUGCACCAAGGAAAUGUUUCGCAAUUAUUCCGUCGUAUUACUGUCCAUUCUACUGCGCUUUUUGCACAUUUUUAGUGACAUGUCUAAAAAGCUGUGCGAAGGAAAGCCAUACCGUGAGAGUCAAGACUCUCUUAAAGGUUUCUAGUCACCGACUUGAUAGCUCCUGCUAGGAACCAAAAAAUUGAUGAUUCUUAGUAUUGUAGAUUAAUUAAACCAGUUGAUACCCUGCGUGCCAGAGGCUUUUCAUGCGCGAAAAAGAAAAAGAGACCCGCGCGAAAAGCCUAUGGACCAGAGCGCCAUCCCUUUGAUAGCGCUGAGCCAUCAACCCUGCUUAUACCAAAACCCCCAGAAUUUGGAUGUUUUGCUGAUUGGUUCCUUUGAGAUGUCGAAUGUUUCAAAUGCUCUGAUUGGAUUACAGUCACAAUAGGCGCGUGAUCAGGACGAAGGUGGUUUGAAAGUGACAAAGAUCAAAUGCAAACAAUCCAUCUCGAGUCACGUAUGUUUUUGCCUUUUGGAAGAGAAUUGGAAAUAUCAGAUGGCUGUACGAACAAUAGCCAAAGUCAUCAGAACAUUUGAUGGUGUGGAGGGAAUAAGUGCAGAACAAAAAGAGGGCAUUGUAAAUUACGUUCAAAGGAAAGACAUUUUGGCAGUCUUGCGGACCGGCUAUGGAAAAUCACUGGUCAUCACUGCUGUUCCAGUUACUACCUGGUAUAUGCAGUGUGUAAAAGAGGGUCAUUAGGUAACACAUGAGUUUUAUCCUGUGCCAAAAUGAUGCUUGUUCCAAUGAAUUUUUUCUCUAGCGGUAGAAUUUGCUCUGGUGGGUUCUACGUUUUGACUGAGCAAAUGUGCAUUUCUUUUUGCAGCUUGUUUCAUACUGAGAGGUCUUGACAAGCAUAUUGAUUUUCUGCGGUUUAAAUUUUUGGUCGGCAUAAUUUGCCCUCUAAUGCAAGAGCAUUUUCUUUGACCUCUUUUGAAAUGUGAACUCCCUCUUUGUGGCUAAAUAAACUUGUAGGUUGGUUAAUUUUCUCCAAAGUGCCUCCUUGAUCUGAGUAACUAAAAGCAAUGUUUUUUGUCCGUGAAUGUAAGUUUUCGUGCAAUGUUCUGUCACACUGGGCCCAACUCGUCAGUAGUUUUUGCAGGAUGUCAAAUUCUCAGGGAUACUGAUUUACAGAUCCCAAUUUUGAAGAAUGAACAGCAGCUUAAACUAAAGCUACAUAAAUUAUGGAUAACUGCACUGUGACUCAUUCAAGAUUGCUCAGACUUUAAGCAAUGAUUUUUAAACUCCAGCUUGUUUUUCUAAAUAUAAUAUGACUCUUUGGGCUGAAGUGCAUUGUUCCUGCCUUGGUAAUUACUUUUCCAUUACCUUAUUCACAAUAUCUGCCAUCUUCCCAUGCAUUUUUGGAGGGAUGAGAUGAAAGUAAUGUCACAUGGGGGAAGGGGGGGGGGGCGGCGGGGGGUAUGGCUAAACACUGCCCACCCUGAGCUUGCGUCAAUAAGUAGCUGUGCUUUUCUGAUUAGCCCUUAACUAUUUGCUGCUUUUCCAUCAGUUUGCAUAGCACAUAAGAUUGGCAACAUGAAGGGCCAUUUUCUGGCUAAAUGGAUGCACAUAUUUCAAAAUUUGGACUUCUUUGGGAAUCUAUUGCCAACAUAACAAUAAUGGAAAUAAGUUGUUUUGUUACCACCCUUGGUCUUCUAAAAAAUUUCAGUUUAAUGCAUUCACAUUCCAUAAGCAUAAGUUUACACAUUAUUUUUUCGUACAGGUUGCAGCAGCAAACAUCUUGAAAAUACCAGUCAUUGCAACUGAACAGGUACUAAAUCAGCCCUGUAACUGUGUCAGUUGUGUAGUACUAACACCUCACUUUACAGUAAAUAAGUUUUUAUUUCCCUUGCAAGAGCUUGGGAGAAAGAAAAUGUACUUUACUUCAAGGUAGUAAGAGAGUUAAAGGAGCUCUGCCGCAAAAUUUAUCAAAUUUUAAUAAGUCCCAGCCGCCACCAAACUGAGUGAAACAUAAAAAUAGCCACUCAAAAAAUUAAAAGAAGGUAUGAACACACAGCAAAUAUGAAAGAAGGCACAGAUGGAGAAACGUGUGGAAGAUUAAAAUGGAUUGGAACUGUUGUUUUUUGAAAACUUGUUAUAAACAAAAAGAUUUAUUUCACUCAGCUCCGUUUACAUGUGAUUCAGAUAGAUAAAGAAAAAGAGACAAAUAAAUACAAUUUUUUUAUUACAUAAGUGAAGAAUAAAAAUUGUAGUCACUUGGUAAGGAGCAAGUUGGGAUCAUCCAAAUAGCAAAGGCUAAUCUAGUGGAUGAUAGCCUAACAGUUUUUCAAAGCUUUACUUUGUUAUUGUAAUUUUGAUAUUAUGCUUGGGAAACAUAUUUGUUGGACAAGAAUUAAGCUGUUAUUUUGUCAUUUGAAAGUAAUUUCUUCUCCUUCACUAAGCUUCAUAGCGAAUAAAGAUGCAUAAUAGGUCAUUUGCACAAUGGCAUCAUUUUACUACUGUGACAAGAAUCCUUUUCGUUUUUCCUUUCUUAUUCAAAUUUGGUACUCCCAGCAACGUUUAAAUAACAAAACCCCUAAUUUGCACAAGAAAGCAAAUCCUGAAAGAUUCUGGUCGUAGCAGUAAAAUGAUGUCAUUGUGGAAUUGGCCUAUUAGCAGUACUAUAAAAAUCUAGACAGCUGCAUCACAGCCUCUUUAAUGUCUUGCUUAUAUGUUGUUAAUUGUCUUUUUUUUUUCUAAGUAUCCCAAAGGACUUGGCAAUACAGUAGAGGAGAUUGACACCAGUCCUUUUAAGGAGCGUGUUUUUUCCAAGACAAAGUUUUCCAUGGUCAUUCCUGAGGUGGAAGAACAGCUCAAGCAACUGAAUGUUGAGAAUGUUGUGUUGAUGGGUAUUGAGGUAUGCUCAAUUUGUAGUCAACAAAAAUAGUACCAUAAAGUUCUCUUAUCUAAUUGUGCCUCUGCAGAGCCAAGAAAAAAAAGCUUUUGGUUUGAUAAAAUUUGAAUGUUGACACUCUAGUUUGAAUAGUUAGGGAAAUGUCCAGGUAAAGCAUCAAACUACUUCUUAGUGAAUGUCAAUACCUGUAGCCAUUUGCUUUUUUGCAAUGACUACAAUAGUAUGUCUUUUUAAUAAAAAUGACAUCCAAUGUGUAACUUACCAGGAGAAAAAUUAUUAAAUUACAGACUGAAGUAGUGCAGUGUGAUGACAAGAGUGGGUUUGGCAAGUGCGGGUGAAAAAGAUAUCAAAACUUGUGUCAUGUCCAUUAUAUGAUUUCUUUUACCAUCAGCUAUUGUGGUCAACUGUUGUGUCAGUUUUCUCAUACGUUUUGUGGGAUUUUUUUCACGAUUAAGUAAAAAGGUGAGCAAGUAAGGAGGGUUGUCCAAUAAACACGAACUGAGUCCAGUCAUCUAAGUGCUAAAUUUUACUUUUAAGUUUAUAUAUAUACAGUUUCAUGACUGUCAUACUCUAAAUGCUCUGCACGCAAGCAAAAUUGCUUGGACAUAUGGAAUCUACUAGGCUGCAUUUCCCAAACCAAUAGAACUUGUAGUUACCAAAAAAUAUAGUAAAUUAAUAGGAGACCACGAAGAAUUAAAAUUACAAGGUUAGUUUUGUUUAUAUAGUAAAUGUGUUUCUUGGUAGAAAUUGAUCAAUUACAUGUAGAUGUACCCCUUUGUUGCCUUGUACUGAACUAUAAAAGCAUAGUGAAUUUAUUGCUUUUAGACGCAAGUUUGUGUUCUACAAACCACAAUGGACCUUCUAGAGAGAAACUAUAAUGUUCAUGUGUUAGCUGAU